UAUAGCUUAGCUUGUUAGUUAAAUUUAAUAAGAUCAAACAGAAGCAAAAAAAUGGCAGCAACUAUGAAUGGCGAAAACCAAUACGACAGAACCGAAGAAGUAAAACGAUUCGACGAAUCAAAAAUCGGAGUUAAAGGGCUAGUCGAUUCAGGCCUCACCUCCGUUCCUCGCUUCUUCAUCCACCCACCCGAAACUCUAUCCGACCUCAAACCUAAAACCAAACCCGAGUCCGUUGUCAUCCCAGCCAUCGACCUCUCGGGGCCCAGGUCAACGGUCGUGGAGCAAGUUGCCAGUGCAUCUCGAUCCUUUGGGUUCUUCCAGAUUGUAAACCAUGGAAUUCCCGUGCAGGUUCUGGACCGUACGAUUGGUUCCAUCAGAGCUUUCCAUGAGCAGCCAACGGACGUCAAGGCAAGGUUCUAUCGUAGGGACACGGGAACCGGCGUAUCCUUCAUUUCCAACAUUGACUUGUUUCACUCUAAGGCCGCGAGCUGGAGGGAUACUCUCCAGAUAAAACUAGGACCUACCCUAGCGGAGCUCGAGGAGAUUCCUGAGGUUUGUAGAGACGAGGCAGUUGAGUGGAACAAAGAGAGCAGAGCAUUAGGGGAGCGGUUGAUGGGGUUGUUGUCCGAAGGGCUGGGUUUGGAUACGGACAGGCUCAAGAACACUACCUGUUUGGAGGCAAGACUUAUGGUGGGCCACUACUAUCCUUGCUGUCCCCAGCCUGAUCUGACGGUUGGCCUUUCAUCUCAUACGGAUCCGGGAGUCCUGACGGUGUUGCUGCAGGAUCACAUUGGUGGUUUGCAGAUUAAGCAUGAAGGGGAAUGGGUGGAUGUCAAACCUGUUCCUGGUGCUCUUGUUAUAAACAUUGCAGAUAUUCUUCAGAUUCUGUCAAAUGACGAGUACACAAGUGUGGAGCAUAGAGUGCUGGCCAAUCCUUCCCAUGAACCUCGUGUGUCGGUUGCUGUUUUCUUCAAUGCUAGUGCCAGGGAUGCCUUAUAUGGACCAUUUCCUGAGCUUACUUCAGCAGGGAAACCAGCCCUCUACCGUCAAUUCACAUAUAAUGACUACAUGAGAAGGUUCUUCACCAAGGAACUGGAUGGCAAAACUUUGACAAAUUACUAUAGACUGUAGGGGAGAAGAUAAAACCAUAUGGUACUUUGUAGUUUCUGAGGUAAGAAUAUUCUGCAAAUCAGACCCUUAUAUUUUCAAGUCAGUAUACAAUAAGAAAGCUCAAUAAUCUUUGCCGUAAGUAGCGGGGAAACAUAUCAAAAUUACCUGGAAUGGAUUCUGCAAAUUUUCGUA